UCUUCCUAAGUCUCAUACAAUGGAAUCCAAUUGUGUUCAAUUUCUUCAAAACAAGACGAUUCUUGUCACCGGCGCUACCGGUUUCCUUGCCAAAGUUUUUGUGGAGAAAAUUCUGAGAGUACAACCUAAUGUGAAGAAGCUGUACCUUGUGGUGAGAGCAUCCGACAAUGAAGCCGCGACCAAACGCUUACGCACAGAGGUAUUUGAGAAAGAUCUCUUCAAGGUGUUGAGAGAGAAUCUUGGCGAAGUGAAUUUGAAUGCAUUAUUGUCCGAAAAAAUUGUCCCGGUCGCAGGUGAUAUCUCUACCGAUAAUUUGGAUGUAAAGGACUCCAGUCUCAGAGAACGUAUGCAAAAAGAAAUCGAUGUUGUUGUUAAUGUCGCAGCCACAACAAACUUUGACGAAAGAUAUGAUGUUGGGCUUGGAAUCAACACAUUUGGUGCUCUCAAUGUCCUUAACUUUGCCAAAAAAUGUGUUAAAGCACAAUUGCUUCUCCAUGUCUCAACCGCUUAUGUUUGCGGAGAAAAACCGGGUCUCCUACGUGAAAAACCAUUCUCAAUGGAAGAGAUUCGUAACAAGAAUGGUCUUCACUUAGAUAUAAAAAUUGAAAUGGAACUGAUGAAGCAAAGAUUGAAAGAACUCCAUGAACAAGAGUGUUCAGAAGAGGACAUUUCUCUCUCCAUGAAAGAACUUGGAAUGGAAAGGGCAAAGCUUCACGGAUGGCCAAACACAUAUGUUUUCACCAAAUCGAUGGGAGAGAUGCUUCUUGGUAACCACAAAGAAGACCUUCCUCUCGUCAUCAUCCGUCCCACGAUGAUCACUAGCACUAUUUAUGAACCAUUUUCUGGUUGGAUUGAAGGGCUAAGAACCGUAGACAGUGUGAUUAUUGCAUACGGAAAGGGAGCGCUCAAGUGUUUUCUUGCCGAUGUAAAUUCAGUCUGCGAUAUGAUACCAGUGGAUAUGGUGGCAAACGCGAUGAUCACGGCUGCAGCUACGCAUGCUGGAGGCUCAGGGGUUCACAUGGUGUACCAUGUCGGUUCGUCGCACCAGAACCCAGUGACAUUUGGAGAGAUUCAUGAGAUUGCAGUUUGUUACUUCACCAAAUACCCUUUGCGUAGUCGCAAUGGCUCGCUCAUAGCUGUCUCAAAUGUCAGGCUCAUAUCGACGAUGAGUAUGUUCAGCCUCUACAUGACCCUACGUUUCAAACUACCUCUACAGUUAUUAAAAUUGAUUGAUAUCAUAUAUCCUUGGAGGAACGGAGAUAAAUACGGAGACAAGAACCGCAAAAUCAAUUUGGUGAUGAGAUUGGUAGAGCUUUACGAGCCUUACGUACUCUUCAAAGGCAUAUUUGACGACAAAAAUACUAAGAGCUUAUGUGCCAAUCAAAAGGAAGAGGAGAGCAAAAAUUCUGAAGGAUCGAUGUUUGAUUUCGACCCAAAAGUCAUUAAUUGGGGAGAUUAUCUCACAAAUAUACAUAUCCCUGGCCUCAUCACACACGUGCUUAAGAAAUAAACCGCAUACACACACAAACAUUUUAUCGAAUUUACAUGUAUUAUCAAUAAGACACCUCAUGAUGGAAAAGUAUAUUAUAUGUA